AUGCUCAAUAGAUUGUACGGAAGACAGCACGGAGUGGUUGGCUCGCGACCACGCGUGACACAAGACACGGAUGACGUACACGAGGCAGAGGCUUUUCGGACCAUGUGUUUGCAGGAGAUAUCUGCUAAGAUCGAGAAGAUCAACGACCCGUUGCUUCAAGACUCUCAGAUCAGGGCCCUCAACGAUGAAUUGAACAAGCUCAUGCGGGAACGCCGCGCGUGGGAGCAUCGUGUGAAGGAACUUGGCGGGCCUGACCAUCUCAGGACGUCUGCUGUGGCCGAUGAUUCUGUCACUGUGAACAAUUACCGGUAUUUUGGCAGAGCGAAACAGCUACCGGAGGUGGAACGAUUGCUCAAGCCUAAAGAAAAGGAUGAUGCAUUUGCGUCCGGAAACGCAAAAGAGCAGUUUUCGCAAUUAAAUCAGACAGAUUUGGGGCCGGCCUACUAUGGAUAUGAGGAUGAGAACGAGCUAGACUUGCGGAUUCCCAACGACAUGGCCCAGGAUACUCCAGAAGAAUGCGCCUUGCUGGAGUUUGAGCGCAAACGCACAGCAGAGCUUCGCACUAGCGGCUUCGAAAAAACUGCUAUUCUUGACACGCCUCAGCUCCCUACAGAACAAGAGUACCAGGAUGCCGUGGUAGCACUUAGAAAGCAGCAGUUACUAGAGAAACUGAAAAAUCGGUAA